GGCCAAUCAGAUGCAGAGACCAUGGCGAGGGGCAUUACAGAAACGCGCCCUGCACCUCCUCUCGAGUUAUAAAUUGGACCUGAACUCGAAGAGUCUCUCAUGUAGGAGACAGCAGCCGUUACCUUCACGGAGAGGAGCUGAGGCAAACUACAGAUUUAGGUUUUGAAAGUCUGGAAAUUCCAAUGGAGCUGACAGUAAAAUUCCUCAGUGGGGGAACGUACUCCUUGAAUGUGAGUCCCUCCAUUACUGUGAAGCAGCUAAAGCAGAAAAUAGAGAGCCAGUCUGGUUAUCCAGCACAACAUAUGAAGCUAGCAGUUCAGAAUCGACUGACAAAUAAUUUGGAAAAAGAGGACUGCAGUCUUCAUCAAUAUGGGUUGGAACCUGGGACUAUUGUGACAGUGCUCAUCACUGAACCAAAGCUCAUGCAGGUGUUUCUGAAGAAUGACAAAGGUCAAACGAAAACCUACGAGAUACAACCAGGUGAAACUGUCACACAGUUCAAGCAAAAAGUCUAUCGGGGUGAAAAGGUUCCUACUAACCAGAUGAUACUGAUAUAUGAAGGAAAGCAGCUGGAGGAUGGCAGAAAAAUGGAUGACUACAACAUUCAAAGCAAUAAGACCAUUUAUCUCCAACUACGCCUCCGUGGAGGCUAAUGAAAUGUCCUAAUCCAUCCCAGUAUUUGUCACUGUCUGCAGUAUUUUCUUCCUAUUAUAAUAAUGAAAAGGAAGAAACCAGCGCCUUUCACUUUUGCUUCUCUUCCUGUUUGUAAUAAUAAUAUUGUAAUAAUAUUUUAUAUAAUUGUAAUAAUAUUUUAUUUAAUUGUAAUAAUAUUUUAGGCUUAAUCCAAAAACAGAAGUGUUCUAGAAUUUAAAAGAUUUGUUGAAAAAAUGUAGCACUAUAUUUUUUUAUUUCUUAUACCGUACAUUAUUUUAUAUGAGGAGACAUUAAUAUAUAAAGUGCAUUGUUGUAAUUAGAGUUGUUUUCUGAUAUUUAUUUAAUAUCCAACAAUUAUAACCCUCACUGCUUAUUUUAUUUUACAAUAAUCUAGUUUGUAAUCCUGCCAUAUAAUGCAGCUACUUAUGCAGCCUGCUAAAGUGAAUUUGUAUUCAACAUUUCUUUACAAUUAAAACUGCUGUUUCAUAA